AUGACAUCUACGAAUACUGCAAAUCGUAAAUCGAAACGUGAUGAUCCGAAACGUUCAUCUGCAUCCGUUAUUGUUGUUGCUGCUAGUGAACAACCAAUGACGAAGACGAAAAAUGCUGUGAAACCUAAUGAAGCUGUUGUGUUAUCCCAAACGUCGAAUACGAUAAGUAAUAAGAAACGACGAGCAACCGAAAUUAUUCAAAAUGAAGUACCUUUGUCGGAACGUUUGAGUGCAUUCGAGAGUCAAACGUCAACUGGUCAAGUCAAUUCAGAACAAAAGCAACAGAGCUUAGCUGCUGAUAGUCUCGUCACAUUGCUUACUCAAGGAUUACAAAGCUCUGAUACCACUCUACUUGAUCAAGUUUUAUGUUGUCGUAAUGACAAAAUUAUUGAAAAAACAGUGCGUGCACUUGCCAUUCCAGUUCUUUUGCCACUAAUUGAUUGUUUAAACAAAUAUCUUUAUCAAAGUGCAGACAAAGGCCUCAUCGCAUCCAAAUGGUUACGAGCAGUAUUAAGUACUCAUACAUCAUAUCUGAUGACAUGUUCGGACAUCACCGAACGUCUUGGUCCAAUGUAUGAAUUGAUCGAAGCGCGUACAAGACUCUAUCCAAAGUUAGCAAGACUUCAUGGCAAGCUAUCAUUGAUUGCUUCACAAAUCAAUAGUCGCAACAAUGAAUUGUCCAGUAGUGAUGCAACGAUUUCCACCAAACCAUCAUUCGUUUUCGAAGAUGUUUCCGAUGAUGACAUCGAUGGUGAUCAAACUCAAGAUGAAUUAGUACCUAGUCCAUCGGAAUACGAUGAAUAUUCAGGUCUAUCUGAUGAUCUUGAUCUUGGUCUACACGAUGAUGAUGAUACUGCUGCUGCAGAAGACGAUGAUGAUGAAGCUAUGAAUGGAAGUGAUGAUGACAAUGAUCUAAACUUCGAAGAAAACGGUCAUACGAACGGAAAUAAUAACGAAAGCGACGAGGAUGAUUCAUCAUAG